GGAGCGGGGCCGGGAAUGGCGGCGGUUUUGGAGCUGCUGCUGCAGGAAGAGGUGUCGGUCAGCGCCGUGCUGCGGUGGCUCCGGCACGGCCCCGGCCACCGCCCGGCGGAGGAGAACCACAUCCAUGACAAGCUGGUAUCUCUUAGCUUGCUUCAGAAAGAUUUUGUGCCUUUUCUGCUAAAUUUUUUAAGGGAGCAGACCAGCCAGAUCCUGACUAAUGGACCCUCUACUCCUGCUAAAACUCCUAAUUCCAAGGCUCGUGGGAGCCAAAAGACAGGAUCAGAAAGGAGGGCAGGCCAUGCCACCAGCAGCCGAGUGCAGCUCUUUUCUCAAAGGACUUCAGUGACCACCUGCACCACAGAUACCAGCUUUUCUCCUGCUGCACCAUCCAGUGGUUCCUCUUCCUUUUCGGGGUCGAACCCAUCUAGCCCUUACGGCGAUUUCCCCAGCGUGGCCUCCAGCAGCAGCCCGAGCUUUGGGCACAGCCCUGUGCUCCACCACGGUGAGAAGAGGUCCUCUCAGAAGGCCAGCCUGGGGAGCUUCCUCACGGCCACGCCUGAAGCCCUGCCCGUGAGACGCGGCCGCAGGAAAGGCAGCAGCUCGCUCGGUGCCUCUGGCCGGCAGGUAGCUCGUGAUCUGGGGCGUUCCCUUGCUGAGGAGGAGGAUGGAAAGAGUGACAGUGCAUCGUGGAGUGGAGGGAGAAGGAAGCGGAGUGAAGUGCCUCUUGUUUCUGCCAGAUCCCCGCCCAGCCAGCUGAACCUUAACAACUUGGAGGAGUUUCCACCCAUGGGUGCUGCCUCUGGCUGGACAAACAAAAGCAAACCAUCGAGGCGAAUCAACCCAACUCCUGUGAGUGCUGAGCGGCCCCUCUCGAAGCCAAAGACCUGUUUCACUUCUACGCCCGUCAGCCGGUCUCCAGCCUCAAGCCUCGAGGCCUUUGCUGCUGUCCAGGAAGGAAACCUCUCAUCUGUGAUAAGCAGCAGCCUUCAAGAGGAGAGGGAGAUGCUGAAGAAAGAAAGAUGCAAAUUGCUGCACCAGGCAUCUUCUCCUGCAGGGAUAUCUUUUGAUCCUUGUACUCCAACUAAACCUAGCUACACUCGCAGUGCCAGCCUUCCUGCUGAAAGCCAUGUGGUGACCUGUGCAAAUCCUGCUAAGGUUUCCUGCAAGAAACAGCUGGAGUGUCUGGCACAGCUCUAUUCAUCAUGUAUAGCAGAAAACCUAGUACCAAAUAUUUUUCUGGAACUGUUUUUUGUUCUGCAACUGUUGACAUCUAAAGGCACUUCUACUGCAGAAGAUGGGGAUAGUGACUCUGAAAUUGGUGAAAGAAGUAGAGAUGUUUCAGGGAGACAGCAUUUUGAAAGUGUGCACAAUUGUGUUUAUUUUGCUGUUCGAGUCUUGGAUUAUCAAUAUGAAAUUAUUUCCCAUUUAGAAAAGGGGAUGCUGAAGCUUUUGGCCGAAAAUGAGCGGAUUGCAUCGUUUUCUCCCACCUUGCACAAGAGGCUCAGGCAGGCUUAUGAAAGCAGCACAGCUAAGGUGUCUCUCCUGCUGCCAUGCUCUGUACAGUCUGUUUCUUUUCAGCCAGAAACUGAUAAUCGCUCUAACUUUCCAAGUGACAGAGCAUUUCACAUAUUUAAGAAACAAAGGGAUAUAUUUUAUGAACUUCUGCGUGAAUGGGAGGAUAACAAUGAGAAAACUGGCUGGGACUUUGAGAGAGUUCUGGGCAGCAAGAUCAGUUCCAUGUCCUGCCCGGUCUUCUGCACUACUCUGCAGGGUGCUGUCUGCUGCUUGGAAGAGGCUGCCCAUGUGCAGUUGCUUCUGAAUUUAAAAGUAUCAACCUUUACCUUAAAGAAACAAGCCAUAAGUGACAGGGAUAUGUGCAAAGGUCCUGUUGGUGGUGGUGCAAGCUGGGGAGACACCCCAGACCAGGAUGUCCUCAAUAUGCUGGGCUCUGAUAAUCUGAGCCGUCUGAAGAGGCUGCAGGAAAGAUUUGUUGUUCCUCAGAGCAUCAGAGGGCCUUGUCCACCCCCUUCAUUCCCAGGGUGCCAACAAUUCUUCAGGGACUUCAUCCUCAGUGCUGGAAGUUACCAGUUCAAUCAGCACCUGAUGGAUAGUCUGUGCCUGAAGAUACUUGAACUGAAUGGUCUUACUCUGGUGGAGCAUGAGCACAGUGAUGGGGAAGCAGAUAUGGAGGAACAGGAUGAAAAGAAGCGUUUCACCGUGGCCCUGUUGAGUCUCCGACUCCUCGCCAAGUUCCUGGGGUUCCUUGUUUUCCUGCCCUAUCGCACUGCGGAGCAGCCAACCAGAGACCUGCAGGAUUCCGCGCUGGCACUGAGAAACCAAACCCUGCCUGUACUGGAUAUAUUAAAGCUUCUGAGACAAUCUAUUCGGGAUCAACGUUCUGUCCUCACUAUUCCUUGGAUUGUGGAGUACCUUUCCCUUGUGGAUCAUAUUGCUCCUUUCCUUGAUUAUUACAGGAAAGUGUUUGGUCUCUUGCUGCAGGUAUACAGGUUAAUGGUCCUUUCUGAAGACAAGGAGAUGAGUUUCCUGAACAAGCUGCUGAUCCUUGCAGUUCUGGGUUGGCUUUUUCAGGUUCCAUCAGUCCCUGAAGAGUUGUUUUUUACUGCUGACGACAGGCAGGAGAGAUUUGUGAUGGAUACUGUGACAUCUGCUCAGGCUUUGGACUUUGUACCCUUGGUGGAUCAGCAAUUACUUUAUACCUGCUGUCCCUAUCUUGGUGAACUGCGUAAACUACUUGCUUCUUUUGUGGCUGGUAGUGGAGGGAAAAAUGGUGGUUUUAUGAGGAAAAUCACUCCCACAGCUGCAGAGUCCUUAGCACCCAAGGCUUCUGUCACACAGCGGAAACUGCAGAUGGAUUUGGAGCAGGCCUUCUUCCACAACCAGCCUCCUUCCCUACGGAGAACAGUGGAAUUUGUGGCAGAGAGGGUGGGAUCCAACUGUGUUAAGCACAUCAAGGCAACACUGGUAGCAGAACUAGUUCAAAGGGCUGAAGCCAUGUUGCAAGAUAAAGUGAAGGAGGAGGAUGUUAAUCAUGACAAACUGCUUGAAGAGGUGUGCACUCAUCUGUAUGAGGAAGGGGCCCAGGCGCUCAUCAAAGGCAGAGAAUUUUGCAAAAAAAAAGGUCCUGAGGCAGUAAGGGUGUUGUUGCCAGAAGAGACAUCUGCAGCAGUUUUAAGUAGUGCAGAAAACAUUGCAGUGGAACUGGCUACUGAGAGAGCCUGUGGCUGGCUCUCUGCCAACAUUGCAGCACUCAUCAAAAGGGAAGUGAAGGCAACCUUCAACAGAAUGCUGAAAGUCCCAGGAUUUCCCUUGCCAGGUGAGGAUGCUCUUGAGUUGAGAAGGGACUGUCCUCCAGGCUGCCAGCACUGUGCUCCAUUUCCCUCCCAGAUCAUCAAUGAGAUUAAGGAUGUGCUCUGUGUUGCUGUGGGCCCACGGGAGGAGGGUGAAGUGGUUGACUACCUGUGGCUGGAGUGCUUGCUGGGAAGGUUGAGUCAGACACUUCGAUGCAGAAAGUUCAUAUGUCCCACAUCAGAACAGCAGCUGGCCAAGUGCACAGUUGAGUUGGCAUCUUUGCUGGUUUCAGAUCGUGUUCCUCUGAGUCUUGGGAUCAAAUCCCCAGAGAAGAGCCCUGAGAGGCUGCGUGUAAAGAACAAUCCCACCUACAGCCUCCUAAAGCUGCUGUUCUCCAUCUGGAAGGAGGACUUUGGGACAUCUGUGCCUGUGCAGCUGAUCUUCAGCAAGAAGAACAUGGGUUAUCUUGCAGAAGCCAAGCAGCGAGAGUGGGAUUUAUUCCUUCUCCUGCUUCAUGGUCUUAUAGAACAUGAACUAAUGAAAGCUAGUGAAAUCGAGAGUUGCCUGCAUAUCCUUGAAGAGCUCCCUUGGCCCUCAGAUUUCAUAAAAGACCUGAAAAGGCUGUCCCGAGUAUUUGUAUCAGAACAGCAGAUUGAGGAGCCCAGAACUAACCCCUGUGAGCUGACCAGACAAUCUCUAGCUACUGUGACCACACAAAGUUAGCAGAGGUGGAUUCUGUGGACAAAAAUUACUAAUGAAGAUGCAAGUGGAAUUUUCAGUGUUUCUGAAAGGAUUGGGAGCUCUUUGCUGGGAGCACACUGAAGCUAAGAGGUCACUGUGCAAAACCUGCACUGGGCUUUCUGUCACGGACAUUUUGCCGUGGUGACUCUGCUGAAGGAUUUACAUCAGCAAAUGUAUCUCCAAGAUAAAAGUCUCUAAAGCACCUUGAUUGUAUCUCAGAGCAGCUGUUGUUUGGACUCAGAGACACUUUUUGUAUUUGUGCAGCAACAGGCUGUGACCAAACCCAGGAAUCAACUCAAGUUACUGUGAGUGAUCAGAGAUUGUUUCUUGGUGGCUGUCUCUUAACUCAGUGUGACUUCUCAUGUUGUUUAACAAAUCCUCUACAGUCAGGGGAGGGAAGAGGUGAGCCUACACGACACAGAGAUGUGCCUAUAUUUAUUUUUCAUUGUAAGCUCAGUGUUGAAGGUUUGAUUUUAAUUUUUUAAGACUGAUUUUAAAAGUUAAACCAUAUUAAAUAAAUCCACUAGACCAUUGAUGGCAUUAUUGCUAAAGGAUGCUUAAGUGUUUUUCCAUCUCUUGUUGGAAACAGAAUUUGCAAUUCCCAGGGUUUUUCAUAGAAAUAAGGAAUAAAAUAUCUGUUUAUAUUUUUUACUGAAGACAGUAUUUUUAAGACACUUUUAUAGUUGUGAACAUAAAUGUCAUCUGGCUGCUAUUCACUGUUUUUUAAAUAAUUUUUCUUGCCUUGAGUUUGGGUUUUAUCAGUCAGGAAGUGCUGCAGCAAGAGAACAACAGCCUGGAAGAGCAGACAAAGUAGUGAAGAAGCACUGGAGAGUGGGUUUUGAAAGGGGCCCAUUUCUUGGAGGACAGUGGGCAUUUUCUGCCCUUACAGACAGAUGGUCACAGCAAGAGUGUGACCUCCUGUUUACUCCCUUCUUUCCAAGUAUGUCCUUGAGCUGAGGAUCAGGGACUGCUGAUGAGUAGCAGAAUAUGUUUAGGUGUUCAUCAGCUAUCUCAUGGGAUUCCCUCUCUCUGCCCCAAAGCAGUGAGGACAUUAUUUCCUUUUGUCUAGCAGUGUCCUAUUUCUGUAGGUUUUUCCAGAAAGCAAGUUCUGUGUUAUUUAAGAACAGCCUCUGGACAAGGUGAAGCCCAGGGCUGUUUAGCUUGCUAAUUAACUAGCCUCUUCCCUGUACAAGGUGAGAAAAGGUAACAUCUUGGAGCUAGUGAUUCAAGCAAAACUACAGACAGAACUCAUUAGGUAGAACUGUGGCUUCUGUUAAAAUAUGUGAUACAGAAAGAGAAAUCAUAGAGGUGCAUUGGUGUCUGAACUAUAUUGUAAUUUUUCUUGUCUUGUUAACUAAGCACUGUAUUGAAAGACUUGGCAGGUUCCACCUGCAUUCCUCUUUUUAGGGGCUUUCUGAUGUGAAUGAAAGUCCCCAAAAGUAGGCGUGCUGCAAUACAAAUACAAAAGGAACAAUUCAAUACAAAUUGAAGAGCAAGUACACCAUAUCAUGCCAUACCUGCUCCCUGAGGCUGAGUAUUAUGUGAUGUUUUGCUGCAGAUCUCAUUUGAAGUUGUUGUCAUAAUAAACGUUAUUAAAUGUCUUGUCUUGUGUUCAAGGUGUCAGUAGAGAACCUCAUGGUAUCAGGCUGAAGAACAAAACAGGUACCUUGGCACAAAGGGUAGGGCAGACAAAGGGCAGCACAGAUCUCCUGUCUGGCCUGUCAAGCUUCUGCUGAAAUAGAAAUCUACUUGGUUAUGUAAGGGAGGGCAGGGUGCUGAAAGGGGAAGAAGCUGGAAUCCAUAAGAGAUAAAAAAGGUGCUCCUGGUUCUGGCAUGGAUUUAUUUGGGUGUUGUAAAACUGUUUGCAUAGCUAUCAUGGCCACAGCCAUUUUCAUGAGAUCAGCAUACUGGAAUUGUCCUUCUCUAAUACAACAUAUUCGGAAGUUUUUAUUUAAAAGGUGCCCAAGCCUCAGGAGCGCUUUCCAGCAGCCUGAGAACACAGUUGUGCCCUAAGGGACUGGAGACACUUCUGCAGUGGGAGCCAGCAGAAAGCACUGUCACAGAACCCCAAUUUAAGCAGUGACUGGCUUCUUGAUUCUUGUGCCAAAAGUUCAUAUCCCAUGCUCGUUCCUCAGCAGGGCAGUACACCUUUCUUCUCUUCCAUGGAGCUUUUCCACUGCUAUUUCCAGGAGAGGUUCCCUGCUAAACGUGCUGCAUUUCUUAUAAGUGGUGCUGGCCAGAGCAAAUGAUCCUGUUCUCUAA